CUUCAAAGUUUGAACAAUUAGAAUUCAAAAUUCCGACGAAGAGGAAAAAAGACAAACGGAAUUUCCUUUUCUUUAACUGCACUACUUGAGCAUGGAAUGACACGACACCAAUAUAAAAACGGAUGGCUAAAGUUUAGUCAAAUUGGCGGGGUUUACAAAAAUUUCAAUCAAAAUUUGAAUACGAUGAGAGCAAUACCGAGAUGUGGACUACACCAAAUCGUCAUCUGUUCCUUCGUCUGCUCUUUGUCGCUAAUAUUAUUCCUCAAUCAGCUGUGCUCAAAUGACAUCGGUUUGUCCCCUGGAACAGAUUUCACGGCCGAGGAAAUUACGCAAAUGGAGAGGAAGAAUUUAAUCCAAGAGAGAUGCGGAGAAACAACAACAGAGAAACAACCAAGACGCACAAAAGUCACCCCGGUGAGGUUCAAAAUUGAAGAUCGACAUCGAGUCAUGUACUGCGACGUCCCCAAAGUGGCCAGUACGUAUUUGAAAGGACUCAUGCUGGUACUUUCAGGCGUAGUCGAGUUCAACAACCUGGAAUCUCGUUUUCCGAAAUCGACUAUCCACGAAAAAAAUCCACUGCGAAUGUUUGACGCCAACAAUUUGGCGGAUACUAUCCAAAAUGGAGUGGGCAAUUUCACCAAAUUCAUUUUCGUUCGCCAUCCGUUCGAGAGGCUCGUCUCUGCCUACCAAGACAAACUCGCCGGUGAUAAUGUGUUUUACCAAAAGGCGGUUGGAAUAGCCAUCAUCAGAAAAUACCGUAAAGAACCCAGUGCGCUUUCAUUGCAAAAGGGUCACGACGUCACUUUUCCAGAGUUUGUCGAUUUCAUCGUCGACGAGUGGAAAGAAGGGCGGGUACCGCUGGACGUCCACUGGCGACCGGUCGUCGACCUAUGCCAUCCGUGUUCCAUGGAAUACGAUUUCAUAGGAAAAUUCGAAACGCUAGACCAAGAUGUUGAUUAUUUGCUGCAGACAUUGAACGAAAGUGGCCUGACGAGUCAAUUACUUAAAUCGCCAGGUAACACGAAACCGAAAACGACUGCGACUUUGUGGAGCCAAUCCAUGAAAACGCUCAGCCGGAAGCAGUUGAAUGAACUCGACAACAUUUUUAUGGAAGAUUUUCGCCUGUUUGGAUACCCACAAGAAACCACAGAAUAAUUAACCCACCCUUUUAAUCAUUAAUUUAUUAUAUGAGCUGUCCUACCCAUGCUAAUGUUUUUACUGAUACUUAUAAAAAUUAAAAA